AUGGAGGGAGGGAAGGAGAUUGCAAAGCCCAGCAGAACCAGGGGGUCCUCGGUGAAAGAGAACAUCCCUCCACGGACUGCUAACCAGGCUAAAGAGGAAAGCUGCAGUGCAGGUCUGCCCCUUGGAGCGGAGUACGAAAAGAAGAAACACAGGCUGCAGAAUGAGCUCCGUAUGGACUACAGACGCUACAUGGCUCAGCAGCUUCAACCGGAGACGGAUGUUCCUAAGCAGCGUCUAACGUGGGACAGAGGGCUGCUCAGAGCGCCGCAGCUCGCCGACCAGAACCAGGAGCCUGUUUCGGAUCUUUACAUGCAUCCAGACCGGGUGGAGAGUCCACUGGACCUGGAUUCUGGAGAGGAGAAGGCGUUUAAAGAUCAGCUGGAGAAGACUGGAGGAAGAAAGCCCCGGCUUCCUAGAUCUGAGGCCGGUUAUCAGAAGAGUCUGUGGGCUAGAAGUGAUGAAAGGGAGAAGGAGGAGCAAACAUCAGAGGUUUGGAGCGACGGCAGGAGAUCAAGAGACCUCUGGAAAAACGACAAAGCUCACUUUGGGACCGGACUGGUUAUAGGAGCUGCUGAUAGUGCCGAGGCUUUGAGGAGGAAGAAGGAGCGCUACAGGAAGGAGCUGCAGGAGCAGAUAGCUGAGCAGCAUCGCAACAGAAAGAGGGAAAAGGAUCUGGAGAUGAAGGUCGCUGCGACAGGAGCUAACGACCCAGAGAAGCCGCCAGAGCGAAUCAGACAGUUCGGACUGAGCAGGAGGGAAGCUCCUCUAUCCACAGAGCCUUUAGCGACAGCAGAGAGCGGAUCAUCAUCCAGGACCACCGCCAGCAACCAGAGGGCUGCGGUGAGGGGAAGAGAGAGACCUCUGCCUGAUCUGCCGCACGUCGCCUUCCAGUCCCCUCUGCUGGAGUACAGCUCCGCGCUCGGCAUGGUGGACGGACGUCUGUCUCCAAAUGGUCGGCAUGUUGCCCCAUCCGUCCAGAACGCCGUCGACAUCCACAGAACCUCUGCCUUCCUUCCUCAUCCGCCGCCUCCUAUGAGAGACGCAUACAGAAGCCUGUAUGGAGAACCCCAUCAGUGCUGCGGAACCAGAAACCUGCUGGACACAAACAUGGCCUACUAUCAUCGCGGUCCUGAUGCUGGCCCCGGCUUCCCUGUGUCCUACUGGAAUAUUCCACCAGGGGGAGCUGUGAGCAGCCAGCUGGGUUCCCACAGCCCCCACAGCCAGCAUGGUGGCUACAGUUACCCAGAAGCUUUGUUAGGACCCAGCAACCAGAGCACUGCUGCCGGCUCACAGGCAGGAGGCUUCCCCUCAGAGAGGACUGGAUCCACCAGGGACCGGAUUCUGAGCUACAGAGAGGCUCUAAAACUGCAGAUCCAGGAGCAGCAGGAGCGCCGGCGUCGGGAGCGGGAGGAGAGGGAGCACCUGGAGGCCCAGCUGGAGGCUGAGAUGAAGGACCAUGACCCCUGGGGAAGGGGGGGAGGCGGAGCCCCGCUGAGGGACAGCAGGGGGAAUCUCAUCGCUGACCUCAACCAGAUGCACAAGCUGAACGAGGAGGCUUACAGCAACCCAGAGCUGUGGCAGAGGAGAGCCACAGCUGCUGCUGCGACACACCGGACUGAGCCGCCCCCGCCCGCCGAGAGGCCUCCAGAGAGCAGCAGCUACGACACAGCUGACAGGCUUCCUGGUUUCACUCAUGUUCAAAGCACCCAGUUUGCCAGGGGGAAGGUUUUUUCCACCCAGCCUAGUGAGCGUCACCUCCAGGAACAGGACAAGUACAAAGCUUACCUCAAACAGCAGAUCGAAGAAAAGAUGCGGAAAAAAGCGGAGGAGAGGGAACGGAUCAGACUGGAGGAGGAGAAGGAGGAGCGGAGGCUGGCAGAGCAGAGGGCCCGCAUCCAGAGGGAGUACGAGGAAGAGCAGGAGAGGAAGAGGAGGAAAGAGAUGGAGCAAAAGGCCAAAAACCAGGAGCUGAUUCAGCUGGCUGAACAGAGGAGGAAGGAAGCGGAACGGAAGAAGAAGGAGGCAGAGGAAAAGGAGAGCGCCGCUGUGAGGAGGCAGGAUGAGAGAGAGAUGCAGGCCAGAGUGCAGGAGGUCUGCAGAGAGCCUUCUCCUCCGAUCCCAACCCUGCAGAGGAAGAACAGGAGACCCCGGCAGCACACCCCCAGCCCCCCCAGCGCUGCCCUGUCUGAGCGAUCGUCAUCCGGUCUUCAGUCGCCUCCUGUUCCUGCGCGUAGGAACCAGCUCAGAGCUGCAGGAGACCACCAUGACCUGUUCAGCGAGCUGUCAGCGCUCCGUCAGCAGCUUCGCAGCGAGCAGAAGCGCCUGGAGAGUGAUCUGCAGAACGGAAGCUGGGAGGAGCUGGACUCACCUGUCAAUGUCAGAGAGCGGGAGCGCCCGGCGGUGGACGUGUUCGACAUGGCCCGGCUCAGGCUCCAGGCUCCGGUCCGAAGGCCCAACUCCAGAACCACCGAGCCCAGAAACCCGCUGCAGAUCUACGACUGCCUUCAGCUGAAGCCCACAGCAGGUGGAGAGUUCUGGACGGGUUCUGGUCCGGACCGUAAACCUGAUGAGGUCAGAGGGAGGAGCCGGGAGCAGCAUCAGCUCAGCAGCCACAGAUCCACAGUCCAAGAUGAUUACCUGGACCUUUCUCCACCCGAGCAGAACCACUACCUGAGGAGUGUGAGCGGAGCGUCCAGAAGAGCCUUCCUCCUGGAGUCUGAGAGCGCCUUCAUGAACCCUCUGGGUGAAGCGUCCCCGGUGCCGCCUACUCCUGACCCCCAGAGGAUCCGUCAGCCGUCUGCCAGGGAGAGGAGGAGACUGGCCAAACAAGUGCAGCGCCCCCAGGAACCGGCUGCUUCCUGCCAGUCUGUCGGGCCUCAGAGGAGCCGACCUGACCUGUCGAGGAUCGGGCUGAACCUGGAGGAGGCAGGCAGUGGACUCAGGAAUCGCAGCAGGACCAGCCGGCUGAUGGGUCUCAGUCGCCAAGGACCUCCGGAUGAGUCGGACGAGGACUCCUCGCCUCCUCGGCUGUCUCCUCUCAGCCUGACCCAUGAGAGCUCAGAGGAAACUGUCGCCACGGACUCCUGGAUGGGAUCAGGAUCAUCUGAGCCCCUGAAACAUUUGGACCGAGCAUCAAGGAGGAACCGUCUGACUUCGUAGCAGCUCAUCCUGUCCAUCCUGAAACACGCUAUUAGUUUUAACCUCAGGGUGUCUCAGUGUUUCUCUGAAAUCCACUUUUCUGCAUCCAUAUUUAUAAAUGUUUUAACCCUCUGUAGACUGUUGUUAUGUUUUAAAUAAAUUAU